AUGCUCCCUCUAAAAGCCACAACCGAUAAAAUGAAAUAUCAACCAGCCACAAUACCUUAUCAACCACCACAUUUGCACAUCCAAACGGUCCCAAAGAUCUGCAAAUCUCGGAUCUCCCUGCAUCCCGUAAUAAAAGACAGGCCUGCUUACCGCGCUUACAUCAAAACUCGCACUGCUCUAGCCACAACUGCCCUCAUAAUCAUAUCUACAGUAACCUUCCUGUCUCUGGUAUUCCCCAAACCAUCAAAUUUCUCCUGGUUCUUAGUACAAGAUCCUAUAACCCCCUCCUCGUAUUCACCUCACCUAGCCUCCAUAGACCGCCAACAUCUCAACCUGGAUCCCUUUGCCAUAGAUUCCGUAAACUCUUCUCAUAACCGCUCUCAUGUCUUUUCAAAAGCUGCUGUCUCCUCAGACGUCCCCCAGUGCUCAAACAUGGCCACAGAUAUCCUAAAACAAGGCGGAUCUGCUGUAGACGCUGCAGUCACCAUGGCACUGUGUCUGGGCUCCAUCAACAGCUUUUCCUCUGGUAUUGGUGGAGGCGGCUUCAUGGUUGUCGCACAAAAUGCCAACAAAUCGCACACUUUCAACUUUAGAGAACGAGCCCCAGCUGCUGCUCACAAACACAUGUUCAAUGGUAACGAUCCUCUCGCAUCCAAAGUAGGCGGUCUUGCCAUUGCAAUUCCAGGCGAGCUCGCAGGACUUUACGCCGCUUUUGAAAAAUACACAUCGGGGAAACUUUCCUGGGCUGAUCUCGUGCGGCCAGUGGCUGAACUCAACAGAAACGGCUUUGCUAUGAGUGAACCUUUGGCACAUGCUCUUGCCACUGUGGAGUCAACUUUUGUAAAAUCUCCAGAACAGUGGGGGUGGCUCCUCACAGAUGCCCCACUCCCCAAAGAUGGCCAAACUCCUCCAGACGACGGUUUGGGGAAUGACAGUUUGGGGCAUGAAUACCACCACCACACAUCUACUCCGCCCAGUGGCAACUUGCGUGCCAAAGUCUACGGAGAAAUUGUUCGCCGCCCAUUUCUUGCAAGAACCUUAGACUUGAUUGCACAGAACGGGUCUUCAGCAGUUUUUUAUGACCCAGAAGGCCCUAUCGCACCAUACCUUGUAAAAGCUAUUGAAAAAGCUGGAGGAAUUGCAACGCUAUCAGAUUUCGCAAACUACUCAGUCGAAAUCUCAACCCCGCAACAAACAACACUUGAUCUUGGAGACGGGGCUCUCAGAAGAGUCUAUACCAUGAAUAACCCAUCUAGUGGUCCUGUUCUAUUAUUCGGACUCAACGUUAUAGAGGAGCUUCACAAAAAAUGGGGAAAAACUGGUUCUGCAAAUAAUCAAGAUGUUGAUCACUGGGUGGACUUUGAAGAUAUCGCCACACAACGACUUGUUGAAACAAUGAAGUGGAUGGGCUCUUCGCGUUCACAGCUCGGCGAUUUUGUUGAUAUUGACAAUUCAGCGGCCAUUGCACGAAUCAUUUCCAAACAGUUUUCUCAAGGAAUUGCUCAGUCCAAUGUCUCAGACACAAAAACUCACCCAUGGGAGUACUACGAUCCAGCUUAUGAAUCUGUAGACCCCCACGGUACAACCCACUUUUCCAUUAUAGACGAAAAUGGGCUUGGAGUCGCCAUGACCACCACAGUCAAUUUAUUUUUCGGCGCGCUGGUCGCGGACCCUGUAACUGGAAUACUCCUUAACAAUGAAAUGGACGACUUUUCUGUCCCAGGAACAAGCAACGCGUUCGGUCUUGCACCUUCAAUCUACAACUACGUGGCCCCGUUCAAGCGUCCGCUUUCGUCAUGCACCCCAACCGUUAUUACUGCCUCGCAAUCACCCGACGGUACUGAUGAGGCCGUGGAGAUGAUUAUUGGCGCAUCUGGAGGAUCCCGCAUUUUGACUACUGUGUUCCAAGCAAUUGUCCGCAAACUUUUUUACCGUAUUUCACUUGCACAAACUAUCCAGUCGUCGCGCAUACAUCACCAGCUACUUCCGCAUGUAGCCGUGCUCGAAGUCGGUGCCCCGGCACAUGCCGCACAUGCUUUGGCAAACAAAGGUCACAAGGUCAUGUUUGGUCCUCCAGGAAGCGUUGCGAAUGGACUUUACCACGAUGUUUUGAAACGCGAGCAAGGCGCAGAGCAUGGUAAAAUUAGUGCUGUGGCUGAUUGGUGGCGCAAACGUGGCGCACCAGCUGGUUACUGA